GUGGAGGUGUCUGUCAUGACGCAGACGGUGGCUGUGUCUCAUGACCCCUCACUGGCGCCGCCCGCCGCGCUGGUGGCUGCCCUCAACGGCGCGAUGCUGGAGGCCUCGCUGUCGCCGCCCCGCAAGCAGGCCAAGGUGCGCGGGCGCUGGGUGCCGCCCUGGCACGUGCUGGCGGCCGCAGCGCUGCUGGCCGUGUCGCUGCUACACUACCUGGCAGGCCCCACAGGCGCCCCCGGCCUGGAGUAUCUCAAGUAUGUGUCGCUCGGGGCGGUGGCCCUCUGCCUGCCGCGCAUCGCGCUGCGCGCGCUGCUGGCGCUGCGCCGCAUGGUGUUCGACAUCAACCUGCUCAUGAGCCUGGCCGCCGUGGGCGCCAUUGCACUCGGGGACUAUGCUGAGGCUGCGGCGGUGGUG